CUUAUCAGAGGGGGUCAAGCUUCAUUUAAUAUUAGCUGAAGACGGGACACACUCAUGUCAGAUUUAAGCUUGGAUUUACUUGCGAUUGGAUUUUACUACGCAUACAAACCGGAAGGAUUGUCUCAGGAGUGAUUUGUUCGAGGAUUCAAGGAAGUGGUUACAAGUUAUGCUCUCGAGGAGGAGGAGGACUUCCCCAGGCCAUGUAAAGGAUAACACUGGGCUCACGGCCAACUUUCCACUUAAAUGAAAGGCCACGCCCUCUUCCUGCACACCUGAAUAUAAGCUCACCUCACAGCUUCAGCAGCACAGACCCUCUCUUGCACUCCUUGAGGCAUAUCGUCAUAUUCAACCUGUUAUCUUGUGAACAUCUCGGCAGUGAUUGAAGGGGGGCAGUUCAACCCAGCCGUAAAAAGAAGGUACCGUCCUUCGUCAUGGCCUCCAGCAUGUCGCUUCGGGGUUACUCUGUCAGUCGACAGCCGUCUUUCUCCACUCGUUCCCUGAUGGACACCGGCCGCUCCCGCGCCUCAGUAUCGUUUUCCCCCGGCGGCGCCUUGACCCGUUCGGCAUCGGUCAGCCACGACCUGAACGGGCCGGCGAGCUUGCAGAUGAACGGGUUGCACGGUAACAGCACCAACGAGAAAGAGGCCAUGCAGAGUCUCAACAACCGUCUUGCCAAGUACCUGGACAAGGUGCACUCGCUGGAACGCUCCAACGCCGACCUAGAAAUGAAAAUCAAGCAAGUGAUGAUUGAGCACAUUCCCAAAGGCCAUGACUUGGACUCCAUGAUGGCCCAAGCUCACGCCAUUGAGCAGGAGGUGAGGAAGAAGACCUUGGAAAAUGCUCGUCUCAUGUUGGAAAUCGAUAAUGCCAGACUGGCUGCUGAUGACUUCAGGAUCAAGUGGGAGACCGAGCUGGUGAUGUGUCAGUCGGUGGAGCGAGACUGCGUGGCGCUGAAGAAGGCCAAGAGCGACCACGAGCAGAUUAUUGCCUCCCUCAGGGGUGACCUGGACAGCCUGAAAGAGGAACUUUACUUCCUUAGGAAGAACCACGAGGAGGAACUCGAGCAGAUGAAGUCUCGUAUAGCCCGCGAUGAGGUGAACGUGGAGGUGGACUCAGCCCAGGGACCAGAGCUUGGAGCCAUUCUGUCUGAUCUGCGAAUCCAGUACGAAGGCAUUGUGAAGAAAAACAAGGAACAUGCCGAACAGUGGUACCGCAAGAAGCUGGAGGCGGUGCAGAACGAUGUGAAGGAGAGCAAUGAGGCCUUGAGAUGUGCGCAGAGCGAGUUAGUCGAGAGGCAGCGCUUUCUUCAAACCCUCGAGGUGGAGCUGGAGAGUUUGCAGAAGCAGGUUGCAGCCCUGGAGGGUAACUUGGGCGAAGCAAGUCACAAAUAUGGCACUGAGAUGGAGCGUCUGCAGGUCACCCUUAACCAACUGGAAGAGGAACUGUCCCAGCUCCGGUUGGACAUGCAGCGCACUAAAACCGACUAUGAGCAGCUCCUACGCAUUAAACAGAACCUGGAGAUGGAAAUUGCCACCUACAGGCGCCUACUGGAAGGAGAGGAAAGCAUUAAGGAAGUCCCACCACCACCAAAAAAAGAGCCUGACGUUCACACCCGGAAGAUUGUGAAAGUGGUGACGCAGACCAUGGUCAAUGGCAAGGUAGUGGAUGAGUCCAGUGAGGUGGAGCAAAUUGAGGAGACCAAGAAAUAGGAGGUGCACGUAGGAGCCAUUAUUAAGUAAAGCAAACAAAAGUAUUAGAAAUAGGCACCAUUUUUAAUCACUGGAGGCUUUAUUUGGCUUCGAGAGUUCUGUUUUCGUAGCGUAGUUAUAUAGUGCUGCAUGCUUAUAACCGUGCUUAGAUAAUUAGAUUUGUAGGUGAAAAGGGCAGCUGACUAAGCGUUUUACAAUAGAAUACUGUCUAACUCAAGGACAUACAGUAUUUAUUUCUUAGGGUAUAAAGGUUUACCAUAGUGCACCCAAGAAAAGUGCAAAAAUAAGGUUUCUUAAUCCUGUGUUCAU